AUGCUCUCCAUCAGGACCCUGGCACGCGCAUCCGCGCCCCGCGCCAUCCGCAUGGCCACCACAUCCACCAUGCGCAGCGCCCGUCCCUCAAUGUUCGCCUCGGUCAAGCCCGUCGCCGCCGCCGCUGCCAUGACCAGCCGCACCUUUUCUGUCACGGCUCGUCGCUGGGCAGCCGAGAACAAGACCGAGUCGGAUGAGGAGCUCUCUGCCAAGCUCGAAAGCGAGAUCCAGAUCGAAGAAGACAUGAAGACCUCCGAGCAGGAGCCCGCCAGCGUCCGUGAUUUCCUGGCCAAUACGCCCUUUGAGCUCAUCGAUACUCCUGGGAAGGAAGUUGUUAAGCUGGUUCGUCAGUACAAUGAUGAGAAAAUCACCGUGAGCUUCUCCAUCGCCGACAUCACAAACUACGACCCCUACAGUCAAGACACGGCCCUCGAGGACGAAGAGGCCUUUGACGAGCAGCAGUCUUCCUCCGGCAACUCCAAGCGUGCCCCUGACGAGGACCUUGCCGAGGAGGAGGAGGACCUCGAAGACGAUGAGCCCUCCGCCCCCAUCAACCUGUCCAUCCUGGUCGAAAAGCCCGGCAAGGUCCCCGGCGCCCUCAACAUCGACGCCACCGCCCAGGACGGCGGUAUCGUUGUUGACAACCUCUUCUACUUCGACGACGCAUCCGUCGCCCGCGCCGAGACCCCCGAGUCCGCCCAGGCCCGCGCCGACAUCUACCCUGGCCCCCCCUUUGGCAGCCUCGACGAGGACCUCCAGGUCCUGAUGGAGAGGUUCCUCGAGGAUCGCGGCAUCACCCAGACCCUUGCCGUUUUCGUCCCCGACUACGUCGACGUCAAGGAGCAGAAGGAAUAUGUCCGCUGGUUGAGCAAUGUCAAGAAGUUUAUCGACACUGCUUAA